AUGUCUACCGAAAGGGACAGUUUUAGUUUAGUUGCCUAUAGAAAUCAAUUGUACGCUAUUGGUGGCGAACCUGCUUGGAUUGAAAAUAAUGUUGAAUCAUAUGAUAUUAAAACUAAUUCAUGGCAUCAAGUUGGAUCACUUAGUUUACCUACUAGCUAUAUGGGUGCUACUGUACUUAAUGACACAAUGUAUAUUUGUGGUGGAAUAUCUAGUGGUCACAGUUACGAAGAUUGCGAGCAUUAUUUAGUAGAUAGAGAUAAAUGGUAUUUAACAUUACAACCGAUGCUUACGGAUAGACAUAAUCUAGAACUGGUAGCCCAUAGUGAUGGGUAUAUGUAUGCUAUCGGUGGCUAUAGUUAUAAAAAUUCUGGUGAUUUAAAUACAAUGGAAAGAUUUGAUCCGAAAAUACAAAAAUGGACACAAAUGGCUGAUAUGCAUACAAAAAGAUAUGAUUUUGGUGCAGCAUCAUUUAUGGACAAAAUAUAUGUUUGCGGCGGUUUGGGUAAUUUAGAUUGGAGUUUAUGUGAAUCGUAUGACCCGAAAACUAAUCAAUGGACAAAAAUAGCAUCAAUGAAUGACCGUAGACGGGAUUUUAGACUAAUAUCUUUCAAUGAUAAUCUGUACGCCAUGGGCGGUUAUCCGGGUAAUUGA